AUGAGAUUGCCAUGCAGAGUCAGCACGCUGCACUCCUCAACUUCCAGGAGAGCAUCCUCAGCCCCCGCAGGGAUGUUCGUCCCUGACUGCGGCUCCACAGAUGUGCAAUCUCUGCAGCUACUCCAGGACUUUGUCUCCCGGGCGGCACGCCUGUUUGCCAUCAGUGGUGCUGGUCUCUCCACGGAGUCCGGCAUCCCAGAUUACCGCUCGGAAGGCGUCGGCCUAUACGCCCGCACCGACAGACGGCCCAUGCAGCAUGUCGAGUUUGUCCGCAGUGCCAAGUCCCGUCAGCGUUACUGGGCGAGGAACUUUCUGGGGUGGCCGCAGUUCUCCUCGCAUCAGCCCAAUGCGGCUCACAGGGCUCUACAGCAUUGGGAGGCGGAAGGGAAGCUCCACUGGCUGGUCACACAGAAUGUGGACGCUCUUCAUUCAAGGGCAGGGCAGAAGAAACUCACUGAGCUCCAUGGAUGUGCCCACAGGGUGGUGUGUUUAGGCUGUGGCAGUAUCUCAGCCAGAGAGGAGCUCCAAAUUCGUUUCGUUGAGCUGAACCCGGACUGGAGGGUUCAGGCCGGUACUGCGGCUCCAGACGGUGACGUUUUCCUGGAAGAUGACCUUGCUCUCCACUUCAGGGUUCCCUCCUGCGAGGUCUGUGGAGGAAUACUGAAGCCUGAGGUUACCUUCUUCGGAGACACCGUGAAUAAAGGGACGGUGCAGUUUGUGCACAAUAAAUUAGCCGAGUCAGAUGCCGUGCUAGUUGUCGGAACGUCGCUGCAGGUUUACUCAGGGUACAGAUUUUUACUAGCAGCCAGCGAUAGAAAAUUACCGGUCGCCAUUGUGAAUAUCGGGCCGACGAGAGCAGACCAUUUGGCCCAACUAAAAGUCAGAGGGCGCUGUGGUGAAGUGCUGUCAAUCAUUCAACCUCUCUGA